CUAGAUGGCCUGGAGACUGCCCGUACUUAUAUAAUCGUGUCCCGAGCAACCAACUUGCCCUCCCGGUCCCGCUCCCUUGACCUCUCCGAGCACGCUCCAUGCGACUGUAGCCUCUGUUCUUGGGCCCGCAAAAGCCGUUCCGGCCGUCGCUCGCAGCGCAUCGUCAUGCUAUCCAUGCUCUUCCUCUCUCUCUUCGGUUCUCUUGUGUUGUGCUGUGUCCUGUUCCCAUCGCUAUGGACAUCAAUAACGGCGGGGGAUGAGAUGUUGGAUGCACACGAGGCUGGCAUUGCUCUGGUGGCGUACCGUAUGUCGUAAUUUUUCCCCCUGCGCUGCUCGUGUGCCCACUGUCCAUCUGCAGGCGCGCCGUUCCGUGAGGUGGGGCCACCCGUAUGCAUGGCAAAACUCAUCAUGUUGCGACAUAAGGUUGGUACAAGUCGGCGACAUCUCCAAAGUCACGCUGAGAGUUGAGCCUUUUGAGUGCAGAUCAACCAAGACAAAACUCGGAAACGAGCUAGCGUCAGCCGUUCCCGUCAGGCUGCCUUCACCUACUCUAUUCCAUCCGUCCGAUCCUCUCGCGACCUCUCCUUCAUGCGCUUGGGCAGGAUGCGCGGAAAGCAGAAUCACUAAUACGGUCGUCUUGUACGCGGUGCCCCGUGGCGCCUUUAUACCCGGACGUAGAAUACCUUCAAUUCGUUCUUUCGGGGCUAUCCUGCCGGAGCCAAGUACCGCUGAGAGCAAACGGAAUCUAUACACAAGGGACAUGACAUCCAUGACAUUGCGAUGCAUCAACGUAGACUAUGCUUUACAUUACAUUACAGUUGAUAUAAUCAAGGUAGCAUGUGGAUACAGAGAGGGUUUGAAAACAUACUCGAUGCAUAACCAUGAGUCCUAACGGAUAGCUUGUCAAUGACGUCGUCGACAACGUACUCAAACGCUCGUAGCAUCUAUCCUUGGAACUUCGCGCGUCUGCUAGUCGACACAGUAGACAAGACACUCGGUGUCUUCGCCACCUUGUUCGUCUGCUUCGGACCGUGGGCGGCCGUGCGCCCCGUGCCGCGCGAAGCGACGCCUCCUCUCUUCCUCGCACCUCCAGUUACGGAGACCGAGGCAGUAGUGCGUCCAGUGCCGUAUACGCGUGUCUCGUGCUUGGCCCAAUUCAACAUACGAGACUUUUCGUUCUCAGGUACUUCACCGAACUUUGACUGUCCACGUGAGAGGAAACGAUAAGGAAAGCU